CACGACAGGACCCAACGUGACAGAAAGCUAAACUGGACUGUUUAACAUUUUCAUGUGAUGUAGCUGUAUAUGUCAUUGCAGAGCGAAGUUUUCUGUGCGUUUUUGUGUUGUCUGGCAAGUACAAAGCGUUACUUAAGGAUAUUUAAGUCAAGUAUGUUUCUGUGGUCACAGUGAAAAGCUAUGUAGCAUCACUUUGCUAACGGAAGGUAGCUCGUCUCCUCAUAACUUAUAGGAGGCAGUUUGUUGACCUUGAUAACAACAUACUCCGAUUACUCUGUAAAUCGACAUUUGUGCUGACUACUUACAUGAUUUAUGAGCAAGUCUAGCUAAGAAUGCAAAGCAGAAACAUUUGGAUAAAUAUUAAAUUAAUGCUAACUGCAGUUGCAAUAGUAAUAUUAACCAUUUCUUAGACUCCGUCUCCAACGUUUUAUAUAUUUAUGUUGGUGUCAGUAAAUCGCUAUUUAUUCCACACAGGGGCAAUGCUAGAAUAAAUUAGGACAGCCAGCUGUCCUUUUUGUCUUUCCUCUCAUUUUGGUGUCAUAAAUUAUCUAAGAACUAUGUCUGUGUGGGUGACAGAGGACGUCAUGAGAUUGUGCCUGCGCUUUUGCAGUCGCAGGUCUCUAUGGCAACAGCGCAAUUUCCCGAUGACAACAUCAAUCAAGGACACAUGUUUUCCUAGUCAACAGUUAGCACAUAUUUGGGACCCAAGGAAGAGCCAGACAUCACUUUCGAAGAGUGUCAUCAGUUCAGUGAGGUUCUACUCACAGGACAGAAGUCCCAGUGAUGAAGUGGAAGAGACAAAGUCUUCGCUGCCUUCUGAGGUCCAGUUUGAUGAAACACCAUCAGAGCUGAGACAGACGGUGUCCCCUUUCUAUGACCACCUGCAACGCUGUGCCUCCCCAUCAGCUGUGUUAGACCUCACCUGUCUGUACUCACCCUCGACUCAGCAGAUCAGCAACUGCUUCACCCACAUGUGGUCCACGACUAAGAAGAUGUCAGAGGAGCAGCGGCACUAUGAGCUGCAGCUGAUGUUUGACCAUCCUGACUUCGACACCCUGCUCCAAAAGGCCAUGAACACUGUGGGGCACAUCCCCAAUGACAACUUGACUUAUUGCCUCCUGAGCAUGGUCAAACUGGGUGUGUCUCAUCGUAGUCGUGUGGUAGAGACUUACCUUCGAACCUGCCAGGAGAAACUGAAUUCCUUUGAUGAGAAGAGUUUGUCUGUCUUGGCCUCCUGUCUGGAACAUAUGAAGAGCAGCUCCAAUGUAGAUGCACUUAAGGAAGGCGUGAGGCUGAUAGUUGAGACCCGUCUUCCCGGGAUCGAGACUGUCAUGGCUCUUCAAACUAUGAUGCGUUUGCUGGGAAAAGAUGCCCCAAAGGACCUCAAACGGAAACUAGAGAAAAAGGCCUUAUCAAUGACAGAUCAGUUCAGUCCUCCCAACGACCAACACAUGAUCAUCACUAUGGCCACAAUGGGCUUCUACUCCAAACCACUGCUGGAUAUCUGCAGUGAAAAAAUCACAGACAACCUCCAUGGAAUUUCCUUCAGCAGAUUAUAUAAACUGCUGCAGUCUUAUAAGGAGUUGCGCUACAGAGACGUAAUUCUUCUCACCAGCAUUGUAGAAUAUGUCACUUCUACACUGGAUAAAUGGACCAACAAACAGGUGCUGCUCAUUCUGUCUGUGUUUGAGGACCUCGCCUUCUGUCCUGAUGCUUUAAUGGAGGCGUAUGCUGAGAAAGUGAUUGCCAACCCUGACAUCCUGACACUCAAAGACCUCCUAUGUAUCCUCAAGGUGUACUCCUCUCUGGCCUAUGACCUGAAGCACCAAAGACAACAGUUCCUGGAUAGUCUCAGUCAGGCCCUGAGCUCCUAUCUGCCCAAGAUGUCUGGAUUAAUGUUGUUAAAGGCUGUUUACUAUCUCUGUCUGCUGGGCCACUUCCCGUCUGCACUGCUGGAGCAGCUCCUGCAGAGCAGCACACUGGAGCAGCUGGAGGGAUCGAAGUUUCUCAAGAGCCGGGAGAGAAUGUUUCAGACAGUGGACUUGUGUCUCCGUCUCGACCGUCCUCCUCUCCCCCAGCCCCUGACUGUCCCCACAUCUGUAAUGGGAGAUCCCACCCCCAGCAGUCUGUCAGUCAACCAGCAACUCUCGCAGGGCCUGCAGAGUGUGUUGAGCAAUGAGGCGCAUACAGUGCUGCAGGAAAUGGUGCUGGUGGAGAACAUCUACCUCAUAGAUGGCAUUGUAACCAAACCUCUGCCAAAUCAAACCUCUGGGACUGAAGCAAGCAGCUGUGCAGGCGUCGAGGGUUCUCCAGCAGAGAGCAGUCAAAGAAUUGCAGUAAUUUACACACCACAAUCUGGUUUUUGCUACGGUACGUCCAAACCCCGUGGUCCCCUGGCUCUCAAGAUUCGACACCUGAAGAUCCUGGGAUACACCCCUGUCCUGGUAACAGAGCAGGAGCUGCAGUCUGACGAAGAGAGGACGGAGACCCUCAGGGGACUGAUAUUUCCAGAACACAAAAGAUCAAAAACAUAGACUGCAGUGGAGCAGCUGGGAUCUUGACGACUGAUGUCAGCGUUACUGUGAACACAGGUUUUGCUGCGCUACUCAAAGAAUAAGAAAAUGUAAGUGUUUAAAAUGACUGUGGUGCCUGAAUGAAUGGAGGUACCAGUUAAGGCACACAUGAAGUUUUAUGAAAAUUGAAGACUUUCUGAUUACCGCUUACGCUCAUUUUUUUGUUGCCAGUAGUAGGUUAUUGUUGUCUGCAGAAGAGACAUGGACGGAAUUUGUGAGCCAUGCUCAAACUGACUGUAUGAAUCAUGCAUUUCUAGAAAUAAAAACCACAUCCAGCGAUAUUUAAAUGACUCUAUGAUUCAGUAAAAUUUGCAUGAAAGUGA